UGUUAUGACUGUGAGUGUUCAUAACGGUAGGAUGUCAAAAUUGCGAGACUAUUAAAUUGUUUUCUUUUGCUUUCAGUAGUAGUUAUGAAGCUUUGAUUUUCUGGACGUUAUGGCUUUAGAAAAGUUGUUAGUCAAAAAUUUUCCUGAAAUAGGUGAUAAUAUUGAUUCAAUUAUUGCAACAUCUGAUUUAAAUCUUCUCAGCAUUCACUCUGUAGAAAAAACACUUUUAAUCUCACUUCUUAAAAGACCAGGACAUUACUUGACUUUUAACAAUGUGGAAAAAUUUGCAUGGCAAGAAGAUAAUUACAGCCAAGAAGAUUACAGACUGCUUGUAGUUAAUGAUCAAAAAGAGAUCUGUUAUCAUUCAGUAGAAGUGAAAUUCUGUUGUGAUCAAGAGCCACCUGUACAGUUUUCCAAAAAACAGCUGGCAAAAUGGAAUUUGAAAACUGUCUUCCAAUCUUUUCAAGAAAUAGCAAAAAGUCUUGCUGAUGUAUCUAAUAUUACCAUUCUCAAAUUUGAAGCCAAGGAAGCUGUGUUUCUGUUUGAUGGAAAAGUUGUUGCAUCUUUUUUUCCAUCAUCUGAAACUUAUCCUCAUAUAAUGUCAAUUGUUGAUUUACGUGAUGAUAAUCCUUCUCAUAAGAAAGUUUUACUUUCAAAAGAGAAACUGUUUGCUCUUAAUGAUUCUGGAACAAAAUUAACUAUUUAUUCUUUUCUGAACAACUCGAAAUUAUUUGAAUUUGGAUUCUCUGACUAUGGCCUUAAACAUGUGAAUGGUGGAGCUGUGAAAAAUUUCACUGUUAAUUUGACUAUGGAUUUAUUAAUUUUUUAUACAGAAGAUGGACAAAUAUAUUCUAUGCCUUUAAAUAUAUCUAGUCAAUCAUCAAAGACUUCUGCUGCUUAUUCAACAGGAAUAGUGACAGCCUUCACAAAGCACUUCCCAUCUGUAAAAAGAUUAAAUAGUCCUAGACGUUACUCAACAUCAUCUGGAUCUCUACUGCCAUUAAGUUUUACUUGUAAUACCGAAGGUUUAAUAUUGAAAGAUUUGUUUGUAAUAGAAAAUAAAUUAUGCUUUUCAUACUACAGUGAUUCUGAAUGUCUUGUAGGAGUUCACACAUUUGAUUCUGAUCGAUCAACUAUGAGCGAAAGAUUUAACAAACCAGCUUUUUUUGUGAAAAGUGGAUCUGAAGAAAUUCCUUUCCCUUUAUUGCUUUUUAAUGAGAAUAAAAUUUUCUUAUUACUCUAUGAUAUUGAACAAGACAAACUUGUGAAUGAGUUAAUGAUUUAUCCAAGUAGUGGAACAGUAGAAAUACUAUCAUCAUUAAACAAUUGGAGUAAUAUUCAUAUGGAUAUUGAAGUCCUCAAACUUGGUCUAAGUAACAGACAAUUGUAUACUGUUGAAUUUUUUCUUAGAACUUUAUUUGAAGGAUUCCAUCAGUUGUGGAAGUCUUCAUUUACAAAGCAGUGGAUUUCAAAAAUCGAGAAAGAAUGUGUUCUCUGGAAUGAUAUUCUAAAUUUAGUUUUAGAAAAUGUUAGUUCAAAUUUAAAAGAUAAUUAUUCUUGUCAGUAUGCUGAGCAACUUCUUCAGGUAGUUAUUGCAAUGGUAAUUCAGAUAAUAGCGGUGAUUGAUAGCAAGGAGAUAGAUGUCUAUUUUAAUCAAGAGAACAAAAAUGUAUUUUUAUCCUCAUUUUCAAACAUUCUUUUGAAAAUGCGGGAAUUUCUUCGUGAUCCAGAUUCUGAUAGUCCCGCCUCAUCAGAUGACAAAGAUAUUGGUAAUUUCAAUGAAAAUUAUAGUCCUGAAGUUUUAAAUCAAUGGAAAAAAUGGAAAAAACUCUCACCUGAGGAAGUGAUUCAGGAUUCUAUCUUGAAUAAUACAAUUCCAAUGGCCCAAUCAUUCUUUUCAUGCUACUGUAAAGAUGGAUCAAAUAGUUCUUACUCAGAAUUUAUAAACAUUGCUGAAGACUUAGUUUUGCACUAUUUGCAUCAAGGAUUGAUGGAAGAAACUCUUACCAUCUUAGUGAAUAUGGGCAUUGAUAUAAGUUUUAAGCUAUUAGAUAUUUUUAAGUCAACUUCUGAGAAAGAUAUUAGAGCUCUCAUGGAAAAAGAACUUUUAAAUCGAAAUUUAUUGACAGAGAGUGACCGGCACUCGCUACUGUUUGUAUCACUUUUAGAGAAAUUAUACCCAUGUACUUCCUUUGAACAUGCUAGGCUUUUGUUGGAUGAAAAACGAAUGCUUAAAGAAGAUACAAUAUGUGCAGUUACUGAUUCCGAAGACAAAUUAGAGGUGGGAGAUUACAUGGAGUUUAAUCAAGACAACAGUGAAAGUGGUUCUUAUUGCCGCAUUGUCUUAAAAUGGUUAUCAUCAUGGGAUAGUGAUAUUAAAGGAAGGAUAUUAGCACCACAUUAUCUGAAAAAUUCCCCCAUACUUGAUUAUUUUAUGAAAGAAGGUAAUGGAAUUGAAAUAGACAAAUCGUCUGUUUGGACCUAUUUACUUGAGCAUGGAAACCUGUCUUAUCUCAUAAAUUGGAUUGAUAUUUGGUUGGGUGUUCAUCCUCAAAAUUCUGGGAGUGUUUCAUCUUUGGAUAAAUGGCCUUUGUCUCAAGAAAUGAUUAAUUCCAUCCCGGAAAAGGCCACUAUUUAUGUAGCUGAAGCAUUAUUAAAUGAAUUGGCAAGACAUGGUAUCUUUUGUGAUGAAGAAUUGGAAAAUUUUCCAUCGUUUCUCACUCGCAUAGGACAGUCUCAGUGUGAUGUAAAUGAUAUAUCAGUAUUUUCAUCUGACAAAUCUUCUUUGUCAUUUCAUGAUUUGUGUCACAGAUUAGUUCAUUACUGCUUGAAGCAUAAUUUGAAUAACUUUCUUUAUUCUUUUAUGGCCAAAAAUUUUAGCAAAUUUUCUGUAUGGCCAUCUUGUCACUUAUGCAAUGUUCCCCUUUUAAAUCUCACAAAGUCAUUUUAUAAAUGGUCACAGAAUCAUAAUGAUCCCCAGAUUGCAUAUGAUGCCAUUGCAGGGGUUGCUCAAUAUAUUUUCAGACUUCAAAACACAUCUUCCACUGAAUUGCUCAUCAACUUGCCUCUUUCAUUGGCACUUGGAAUUUUAUUGUUUAAGCCUCAGUCAAUGUCUGAAUCGAUUUCUGAAUUGAUGAAUUGCUCUGAAGAAAGUGUACAACUUGUUCGUGAAAAAUUCUUGUCAUAUUCUAUACUGUUUAAUUUUUUGUUUAAAGUUCCAGAAGAAAGAACUCAUCCUGAUGUAACUGUCUAUGAAUUGUUGAAGGGUAGUACAGUUUUUGAUAGCUCCCAACUUUUUGGAUGGCAAUCCAUGAACACAUUGAAAUCUGAAGAUUCCCAAAAUGAACUUCCUCACUUUUCUCUGCAAAGUUUAUCUGAGCAGUAUGGACUCAAAAAAGAACUUACAUAUUUAUAUUACUUAAUGGAAGGCAGACCAAAUUAUUCAUAUCUGAAAUUCAUUGCUCAAGAAGUUAUUUUGGAAACUGGUCUAUCUCUCUCCAGGGUGAGAUCAGCUUGCAGAGAUGUGACUGACUAUGCUUUGUCUAACUACAGAAGUUCUGACAUUAGUGCUGCAUGCAUUUGCUUUAUUGAACUUCUAGGACAAGAUUCUUUGCCUCUUAGAGCAUGCUUAAUUGCAGCCAACAAGCUUCAUGAAUCUCAGGUUGUGGAAGAGGAUAAACUAUUUAACCAAAGCUUGCCAGAAAUUGGAAGGAAAUUUCAACAAGCAUAUUUAAGUAAAGAUUCUGCUGCAUCCUUGAUUGCUGAACUGGAAAGCAUCACUUUUAACUCGUGGAACCCAUAUAACAAUGAUCUAAAUGCAUUAUUUAAGGAUAUAAUUUUGUGGAUGCCUGUGAUGACAUUAAGUCAUUUACAUGAAGUUGAAGCUGGAAAUCAAUAUUUGAAUGAAUGUGCCAGUCAGAAUGAUUGGUUGAAAUUCCUUGUGUUCUCACAGAUUUUCCAGAUUCCUAAAGAUCAAGUUUUAAAAGCAGCAUCUAGAUUUGCCAAUUCCUGCAUAUCUUAUCAUAUAUUGCAUUCUCUUCAUCGAAAAUCAUCUCUUUUGUAUGAUGUUGCAUAUGAGACCAAAAAUAUACCUCCUCUGAAAAGCCAAAAGAGGGACAUGAGGAAAUCUUGGUAUUCACGUAUUGGUGUUAUUAAAGGAUCACCACCAGCUGAUACUAAGAAAGAAUCAAGUCGAGAUGAGGAUUCUGCUUCAAUAACAAGUGAAGAAACAACUGCUUCAUCAGAUGUAGAUUUAAGAUCAUUUGUUCUAAAAGAUCUGUUCAGUCAGUUACUAUUAGCUAAUAGUUCAGAUUGUCCAUGGGAUUGUUUGUUGCACACAAGCUAUGAAAUCAAAAACCCUGUUCUAGCACUUCUAGCAGCAUCUUAUCCAGAUGCUGGUCUUGAAAAAUGUUUCUUUAUGUGGCUGUAUACGAACCUAUAUCGUAGUGAAAAAGUGCAAAAAGAGCUCGAAACAACUUUUGUAAAUCUGAACAUAACAAAUAUUAUAAGUACUGAUGAUUUAGAGAAUCUCAUCAUUUUAGCUGUUCGCAAUCUUAAAAUGCUGACUUUGUGGCAAGGAGCUCACUUGUUUCUCCCAGACACUCCACUCCCUGAUCUCAUGGGUUUCUUGAGGAGCUUCAUGAUUUACAAGAAAUUUAAUUCAAGUAUUGAAUCUUUUCAGAAUCAACUAUGGGAUUAUCCCAAGCAUUCUGAGAAACCAUCUGUACUUCAUUCACUACAUUGGCUAGAAAAUGUAUCUGUAUGUAUUUUAAAAGAAGCUGCUAUUGCCUGUUCUACACAUUACGAGAGGCUUAUCAUGCUUCAACAUUUUCAUCACACCAAACUGGAAAAAACGUUUUCAAAAGAUGUUGUAGUGCCUGAAUUCACAAAAGUCUACAAAAUGGUACACUGUCUUAGUGAAUCAGAUCUAGAUAUUGAUAUCCGGAGUCUCUUUCUGCCAGAAGAUGAACCACUUUAUGUAAAUACUUGUUGGCAUGCAAUUAAAAAGUUACUUGAAUCUUAUUUGUAUGAUGAGGCUCAAAUGUUUUCCAAUGCUGCAAAUCUUCCACAGGAGGAUAUGUUGAUGCUGCAAAUCAAUCAUGAAGUUAGUGAAUCAUGUAAAAGCCAGAAUUGGAGCCAUUUAUCAUACAGAGUAGAAUUUUGGAAGGACAUACUUUUAAGGCUAAAAGUUCUUAAACUUCACACUAUCAUUGAUUUUCUUGAAGUUCAGUGCGAAAUAUCAGAUAAGUAUGGGGAGAAAUAUUUCCUGAUGAAAUCCAUCAUAGACAUUCUCAAAGAGAAUAAAAAGAGAGGAAAUCCAGAUGUCAAUUCCUAUGACAUUGAAGCUCUUAAUAAGAAGAUGUGGCUUUGGUGUAUUAAAGCAGAAGUCAAUAGUGAGUUACUUCCUGAGAUUUUUGAUGUUAAGAAAGUCCAUGACUUUGAUAUACACAAUGCCUUUUCCGAUUCUUCUGCUGCUACAAAUUUACAGCAUCUUGAAAAUGACAGUGAAAAAGAAGCUCUGGGCUCUAUAAUUGGGCAGUUUUUGCUCAAGAAAGAUGUACCAAAAGCAUUUGAAUUGGCUACAACAUUUGGGUAUCAUUGCAGUGAUUUGAAAAUUAUAAAGAUGUGCCUUGACUUAGCAAGAGGGGAAAUUGAUUUAAGCAUGAUUGACAUGUCCUUGCCCAACUGUAAUUCUGAAGUUCCUACAUCCCGAAUAAUCAGGUCCUUACUUCUCUGGGUUACUAGCUCAAAAGUUAUAUCAGCUUAUGAAAAAGAUGUCAUUCACUGCAUGAAUAACCUGAGCAAAAAAUGCACUAUUGCUGCUCCAAUAUGUCAUCAAAUUUUAGUGCAUUAUACUAUUGCUGCUGUGUUGGAAAUGGGCUAUAUGAGUGUUGCUAUGGAAAAGGAACCUUUCAAUCUUCUGAAAAAUAUUCUAGUCAGCAAAGUUGAUGAUGAACAUAUUUUAGCUAAAAGUCUGAUUAUAGUGCAUGAUUUGGCUGAUGCAGAAGUUGCCAAGUUCUUAAGUGAGGAAAUUCAUAGGUCAUUGAUAACUCUAAUUGAUUCAGAUUUAGUUAUGAUCCCAGAAGAAAAGAAUGCAUUUUCGGAGGGAGUAAUCUAUGAUCCUUUGCGUACUAAUGAAGGAUUUCAGUUAAUUGUCAAACUGUGCCAAGAUCCAUCAUUAUUGGGAUAUGCUUUGAUGAAUAUCUUUGCUGCAGAAUGUUCAGAAUUAAAUGACAAAAGUCCAGAUAAGAGUUUUUCAUUGGUAGUUGAGCUUUGUAUUUGUGCCCAUGAAUGCUUCACAGCUGGAUGCAACAUGGAUGGAAUAUCGCAAAUACUUCAUAAUGCCCAAGCUCUAGUGACGCUUUUAGAGGAAGCAGAUCAAUUUCCUAUCAUGGUCCAUCUUUUAACUGGACUUGGAAGAUACAGUGAGAUGAUGUAUGUGUUUGAUAUAUUAAAAUCAAAUGAGAAGCUGACUAUGCUUUUCGAGAAAAAGAUGGAGAAUCUUCCAAAUCUGAAAUUGGCAUUGAUGGAUUACUUGACCAGAUGUUCUCAAUCUGAAGGAGACUAUUUCUAUGCUCUUGCAAGUCGAUUUGGAAUGCAUAGGGAGAAAGCUCAAAUUCUUGAAAUGUCUGUACAAAAAAAACUGUCCCAGUUGUGUAAAAGAAACACAGAUAAUGAUUUGAAAGAGGAAUUAGAAAAAGCACUCCAGUUACUUUCAGAAGCUGCGAAAAGUUACUGCAAAGCUGAUUGUCUUCACCAGGCUCAAACAUGUACUCGCCUAGCUCAACUUGUUGCAUUACAGAUUUACUUUAUUCCUUCGGGAGUUUGGAUCAUUGGACUCGAUGAAUCUUCUGUCUCAAGAUUCAUUACGGAUCAUGAUAAAUUUCCCCAAGCCUAUAUUGUUGCUGAAGAAUAUGGGAACCAUCAACUAUGGAGUCAAGCAUUAUUGCAUAAUGUUGUUCUAAGAGGUGACAAAGAAUAUUUGAGAGAAUUCCAGAGUUACAUGGGUCUUAGUACAUCACUUAUUACAGAUGUUGUUAAAAGGUAUCAGAAACUGGACGACAAAACUAAAUCAGCGAAUACAAGAGAAAACAUUAAAUUGUUGCUGACUUUGUGUUCCAAUGCAAGAGCAAAGUAUACAUUAGCUCAAGAGUUAGAAUUAUCUCUUAUGUUAGGUGAAAUAUUAAUGGGUGAAGCAUCUUCAUAUCUUCAAGACUUGAUGGCAAACAAUACACUCAAAUAAGCUUUCUGAUAAAGCUAAGAUAUUCAUCAAAUUUAUAUUAAAUGUACAAAUUAAAUUGUAAAUUAUUUCUGUAAUAAAUAUUUUUAAUAAUUUA